AUGGCACCCCAAACCGUGGCCAGCCUUGCUGAACAGUUUCAUGCGUUUCGAGACAAAGUUUCUGACGAUAUCGCUGGCAUGGAAACCCAACUCUCCAAACUCAGUGUUGACUUCAAAGACGAGUUGGUACAGGCUCACACACAUCGUGCUGACCUCAAAGACAAAUUGGUACAAGCUCACACACAUCGUGCGCAGACGGACCUUGCCAUCACCAAACUCCAAGACUCCGUUCAGUUGCUUAUCAAUCACUUUCGGGUUGGACAUGCUGAACCUUCUACCUCCGUGGUGCUCUCGAGUUCAUCUACGCCACCACCGACAAGUGGCCUUUUGCCCAAUCCACCAGUGGAUCAAAAACUCAAGGCCGUGCCAUACGGCAUGCCGCAUAGCUCCACUGGGCCCUCGCUUGAUGAGCCCAAGACUCAAUUGGAGGCCCCCUUUUCUUUUGGGUCCCUUCCACCGCUCCAUUAUACCCAACACACAACGGGCCCUUCUACAGUUCCACAUGAUCAAGGCACUCAUCCCCCUCGUCGUUUUGACAACGAUGUCAUCCGCCACAUCAAGCCGACCGCUCCUACUUUUGAUGGUCGUGGAGAUCCUACGAUGUUUCUUGAUUGGGUUCAAGCCAUGGAAGAUUAUUUCGCCUGGUACAACUUGACGGAUGCUCAUAAACUUCGCAUUGGUAAGAUGACACUACAGGGAGCCGCUAGACAAUAUUGGAAUUCGGUGGAGGAGCAACUAUAUCAAUUUGGACAGCCACCUGUGACUCUAUGGGACGAGAUGAAAUUAAAGCUUCGCGAACAAUAUCUUCCCACCUUUUAUCGCCAUCAAUUGUAUGAUCAAUUAUGGGCCCUUUCACAAGGAAGUUUGACUGUUACUGAAUUCCACGCUCGUUUUAUUGAACACAAGAUACGUGCAGGGAUUCGUGAAGAACCCGACAUCACUAUGUCUCGCUUUAUCCAUGGUCUUCGUGACGAUAUCAAGCGUGAAGUCCGUCGAUUCCGUCCGCAUAUUUUGGAAGAUGCAUAUUGCCAUGCACUGGAAGCUGAAACUUUUUUGGGCCCACAACGUAGAUAUACCGGGUCUUCCGGGCUCUCUUCUGCUCCUACUCCAAAUCGUAGUACUCCUAGCUCCACAUAUGGCGUUGCCGGUCCACCUGCUCCUACGAUACCCACAACAGAAAAAAGACCAGCCCCAUCCACGGCUGCUCACAUCGAAUGCUAUCGUUGCCAUGCUAAGGGCCACAUUGCCUCCCGUUGUCCGCACCGAACUUUAACCAUUGGCUCCCUCAAUGAGGACUCUUGUGUGGACGUGUAUGUGGAGCCCCUUGAACCUAUUUAUGAUCCAGAACUUGAUAAUUGCUGUGAGGAGGCGUUUCACCAAGUGAGUGUCAUGCGUUGUAUUUAUUCAGCAUCUACGCCUCCACCUCCUAAUUCAUGGAAACGCACAAGUAUUUUUCAAACCUAUGUCCCUUGCGGUACUAAUAGAUGCCAACUAGUUAUUGAUGGGGGAAGUACACUAAAUGUUAUCUCUAAAGCUGCUGUCGACCGCCUUCACCUUCAGGCCGAGCCACAUCCCCAUCCUUUUCAUGUUGGCUGGGUAGAUAACACCAUGUUACCUGUUACUGAAAGAUGUCUUGUUCCUCUUCAAUUGGGUCCCUGUCAUGAGCGACUUUAUUGUGAUAUUCUACCCAUGAGUGUCGCACAUGUGCUACUAGGCCGACCAUGGCUUUACGACCGCUGUGUGAAAAGUUGUGGCAGAGAGAACACAUAUACUUUUCAACAUGAGGGAAAGAACAUAACGCUAACGCCUUCCAAUCCGGCCAUCAAACCAACUAAGGAUGUUCAACCGACUCUAUUAUUUAAAGAGAAGGCUUCGGAGCAUCGAUUGAGUAGUUUAUAA